UACGGGCUUGGAUGAGAUGAAAGUAUACGUCUCAGAAUCUGAAUAGAUACGAGGACUAAUGAGCCGAGUAGAGAUUAUAAAAUAUUUUAUGCCGAGUAUUUCAAAGCUCAGAAAAACUUUAUGGACACUGCCAACAAGUGUCUCGAGAAACUAAAGCUUCCCCCGAUGGAAAUCAGCCAAGGGAGUGAUUGGAACGCCGUGCAAGCAAGGAUGGAGCAUGCCUGCUCCGCGAUUGAAAAGGUUUCUGCACGCGACAAUGAGAUGUCGGGGAUGGCAGGCAAGAUGAAAAAGGCAUUUCGAGGCCUGUGCAAGAAUGCUGGAACCGGCAAAAUGUUCACCUCGAUGAUACCUGACGACAUGGGCGGCUCCAUCCUAUCCGGCGGCCUCAAUGUCAUCUUCACGACUCUUGAGCAGACCAGUGUUCAUCGAGAGGCCGUGUAUAAAGCCCUGGAGAGGUUGCCCCGUAUCCUGAACGAUCAUGUGCAAUACCUGGAGCUCGCGAACGAGGACGCCGAAGUUCACCGCCGCACAGCUAAGUUAUACACCGAGGUGUUAUUGACCUUGGACCACAUUCUCCGUUGGUACAUGACGCACGCAUUUGUUGCUGGGGCCAAGCGCCUUCUCAAUCCAUCCGCUCUGUCCACCAAUCUCAACGAUCGACUAGCAGAAGUGAACUUGGCUGCCAAGGACUUGAAGGCUCGUGGGGUCCAUGUCAUUCGACGACAGACGCAGGAAAAGCUGAGCGAGAUAUCGACAGUCCAGGAAUGGACGUCGUACGAAAACGUCAAAGUGCGCCGCCGGUUGGACGAGAUCGACCUGAAUAUUAAACGAAUUGCAGACAGGUCUGACCUAUAUGAGGGCAUAGAGACAGCUGUUUAUGACAGCCUGCAGUCCCUCCUCCAAGGGGUGGUGAAAAACCUAACAAUCAAGAAUACGGAGGCUCGAGAUUCGAUAUCUACAACUCCCUCCAUUACGUGUGAGAACGUCCUGGAGGAAUUAGAAACAGAGAUCGACGUGAGUCGUGUUCACGCAUUGCAAGGAAGCCCCAGGCUCCGGGAAUGGCUUACCGUCGACGAAGGAUCACUUCUUUUGGUCAAUGGCGGCGCGACGGACCCCUUGGACCUGUCCACAUCGUUCGCAAACGCAAGGAUGAUUCAUGCUCUGAUGGAGCAAUCUUUGGAGCGCAGAGAAGGAUUGGAGAUCAUACCCCUGGUAUAUCUCUGUAGCCAGCAUCGGAAUUACUAUCGCGACGUCGACGCGAGUCCCACCAGUCUGGCCAUGAGCCUGCUUUUGCAGCUCAUCGACCAUUUCCCCGGGUUCAAGGGAGCAGACCUUCAAGAGUGUCUGGAUGAAACCGAUGGCGAGGAUGUUAUCAGCAUCUGUAGCUCGCUUGGUCGUCUAGUCAGGAGGCUCCCUUCCAGCGCUGUAGUGUACCUCAUCUUGGAUGGGCUCUCGUUUUUCGGCACACCUGUAGCGAGGAUGAAAGAGUUGCGACGGGUGAUUCAUCAUCUCGUUUCUCUUCACCGUGAGGGAUCGAGGGCGACGUUAAAAUUCAUGUUCUCCAGUUCAACAAGAUCCAGGCAUUUUGGCGACUUGUUUGAGGAGGAUGAGAUCUUAAACGUACCGGCAUCACCAGUUCCGAUGGGUGGACCUGAGGCGUAACACGGGAAAUAUUACAAAGUUUUCAUAAUAAACGUGUUAAAUUAAACAUGACCUUUUGAAAAGCUUACUUCUCGGUAAAUUACGUCACGUAUACAAGGUUUUAGAAUAGCGAUAGUGAUAGGCAGCGCGGCGUGGUUUAAAU